AUGGCUGGUAUUAGCGAGUCUAGAAGUGAGCUACUCUCGUGGUUGAAUGAUCUUUUGAAGCUAAAUUACACGAAAGUUGAACAAUGUGGAACUGGCGCCGCGUACUGUCAAAUAAUGGAUUCAAUAUACAAGGAUCUGCCUAUGAAUCGAGUCAAUUUUAAUGCUGGAUCCGAAUACGAAUACUUCACUAAUUACAAGAUUCUACAGUCAUGUUUCACAAGACAUAAGAUAGAGAAGAGUGUCUUGGUCGAGCGAUUGGUCAAGUGUAGAUUUCAAGAUAAUCUAGAGUUUUUGCAGUGGAUAAAGAGAUAUUGGUCACAGCACAAAGAUGAGAGUGAAUACGAUCCAGAAGCUAGAAGAAAAGCAAGAGCCGGUGGUGCAAGUAGCCCACCUGUUUCGGUUAAUAAAAGACCAGCCAGCAGUUCUACCGCCUCUAAACCCCAGCUAAGGAAUGUGAGAACCAAUAUAAUCCAAAAUAGUAUGAGAAAACCCUCUAAUGACCAGCUUCUUACGCUUCAAACAGAAUUGACACAAGCCAGGAAUCAAGUUACUGAACUCGAAAAAGAGUGCAAUCAAUACAAAGAACUAAAUACCGCUUACCUGAAGGAACGUGAUUUUUACUUCGGUAAACUUAGAGAUAUUGAGAUCUUGGCACAGUCGACUCAAGAUCUCUGUGAUGAGGGUAUAUACGAGCAUGACAAAGAUCUCAGAGGUUUCUUAACAAGAAUUCAACAAAUUCUAUAUGCCACGGAAGAAGAAACACAAUCAUUUGCUGCCGAAGAAGCCCAUCCAAUUUCCGCCACCGAAGUUGCGAACACAAUCGUAGAUGAAGAGACUUUCUGA